AUGAAUUAGAUUAAUAAAGAUCGUAUCUUGAUCUUUAAUAAAGUAUUUCAAUAAUAAGGGAAUUCUUAGAAUUAAAAUAAGAAUCCUUGCAAACACUUAAAAUGUUAAAGUUUAGCUUAUUUAGAUCCUUAUGGGAUUGUAACUUGUUAAUCUAUGUGUUAAUCAUUUCAUAUAACUGAAACAAUGUUCGAUAAUUUCAACCAAGUAUUUUCACGUAGUGAAUGUAAUGGGUAAUUUAAUUUCUUGAGGAAUCCACUUUUGAUGGCUAAAUUAGUAAAUGAUUCUUUGGAAAUGAGUAAUAAGAAUGAAAACUAAAAACAGUAGUUUAGUCUAUAAUUUUAACAUGUGUUCGUUAAAUUGUUGCAAACUAGAAAAGUAGGAACUUGA